GCGGGAGCAGGAGGAGGAGAAGGAGGAGGAGGAAGAGGAGGAGGAGGCGGUGUUUCCGGGAGCUGCGCAGGCGUUGCUCGCACCUUGUUGAUUAGUCAGUGCUGGGAGCGCUGCUAUGGCGUUUCUCAGACCAGCGGCUCCUCCUCACACACUAGAAGCCGAGGGAAGGAGGAGAGAGAGGAGGAGGAGGAGAGUAGCGGGCAGCCGCCGCAGCUGCAAUCGGGGGGCUGGAGGAGGAGCAGCAGCAGCAGGAAUAGGAAUAGAAGCAGCAAAACUAUCACCGCCGCCAGCCCCAGCAGCAGCCACCACCGCCAGGGUUUCUCCUUAGUCCUUCUUCUCGGUAAGGGAACCCGGGGCUUCUCAGCCAUGUCCCGCAGCUGCAGCUGCAACAGCAGCAGCCGCAGCAGCAACAGCAACAGCAGCAGCAGCAGCAGCAGCGGCUGAGCCAGGAGCAAAGCGCUCUCCACCCCCACCCUCAAGCCCUCCUGCACCCGGCUGCCGGCGAGACCUGUCUGUUCUCCAGCUUCAGCCCCUCACCCUCACCGCACCCCACCCCCGGCAGCGCCCGAGGAGACGGAGGAGGAGAGGAGGUGGCGGUGGUAGUGGACUGGAAAGGGUGGGGGGAGGUGAAGAAGGAGGCUAAGAAGAUGGAUCCAGCCCCCUCGCAGGGCUAUAGUCUGAAGGAUGUGAAGUGGAGUUCGGGGGCCGUUCCGCUGGACUUGCUGGUUAGCACUUAUCGGCUGCCCCAGAUCGCCCGGCUGGACAGCGGAGAAUCUGUGGAAGGUCUUCGAGAGAAUGACUACCUUCUGAUUCAUUCCUGCCGACAGUGGACAACAAUCACAGCACAUAGCCUGGAGGAAGGUCACUAUGUCAUUGGGCCAAAGAUAGAAAUCCCUGUGCAUUAUGCAGGGCAGUUUAAGCUGCUGGAACAAGACCGGGAUAUUAAGGAACCAGUGCAGUAUUUUAACAGUGUGGAGGAGGUGGCGAAAGCAUUUCCUGAACGAGUUUACGUCAUGGAGGAAAUAACAUUCAACGUGAAGGUUGCUGCAGGAGAAUGUAAUGAAGACACAGAAGUUUACAACAUCACUCUUUGCACUGGGGAUGAACUCACUUUAAUGGGACAGGCAGAAAUCCUUUAUGCAAAGACCUACAAAGAGAAGUCACGAUUCAACACAAUCUUCAAAAAGAUCGGGAAACUCAAUUCCAUCGGCAAGCUGGGUAAAGGCAAAAUGCCGUGCCUCAUCUGCAUGAACCACAGGACCAACGAAAGCAUCAGCCUCCCAUUCCAGUGCAAGGGCCGAUUUAGUACCCGCAGCCCGCUGGAGCUCCAGAUGCAGGAGGGUGAACACACCAUCCGCAACAUCGUGGAGAAGACCAGGCUGCCCGUCAAUGUGACGGUGCCCAGCCCUCCUCCCAGGAACCCCUACGACCUCCACUUCAUCCGCGAGGGCCACCGCUACAAGUUUGUGAACAUCCAGACCAAGACCGUGGUGGUGUGCUGUGUGCUCCGGGGCAGCAAGGUCCUGCCCAUGCAUUUCCCUUUGCACUUGACCGUCCCCAAGUUUAGCCUCCCCGAGAACCUCACGAAGGGAGAGAUCUGGCCCGAUUCCCUGGUCCAGCACUGGCUCGGCGUCUGCCAAGAACAGUUCGACAUCGAUGAGUACUCCCGCGCCGUCCGUGAUGUGAAGACAGACUGGAACGACGAGUGUAAAAGCCCCAAAAAGAGCCGGUGUUCCAGUCACAACCACAUCCCCAAUUCCCUCAGCUACGCCCGGGACGAGUUAACGCAGUCUUUCCACCGGCUCUCUGUCUGCGUGUAUGGGAAUAACCUACAUGGCAACAGCGAAGUCAACCUGCAUGGCUGCAGGGAUCUGGGAGGCGAGUGGACCCCCUUUUCUCACGACACCCUCCAGUACCAGGACUCUGGCGACAGCGGGAGCGAUUACCUUUUCCCCGAAGUGGGCGAUGAAUCCGUGGGUCUCUCCUCGAAGCCAGAACUCCCUUAUGAAGAGCUGUGGCUAGACCAAGGCAAGACGGACAGCCAACCCCUUACGGGCUCCUUGAGUGAAAAAGCCAAAUGUGAUAAUUACAGAAGCUCUAUUCGCUCCAAAUGUAGCACUUCUUCUCUCCCCGUGGCCGGGACGCUGGCGACCACAACGUCUUCAGAUGUGGCCCUACCUCCACCUCCAGUGCCUCCAAAAUCUGAAGCUGUUAGGGAAGAAUGCCGACUCCUGAAUGCACCCCCUGUUCCACCUAGAAGCGCAAAACCUUCGUCUACGAGUCCCUCCGUUCCCCCUCGAUCAGCUAAACCAGUAAGGCAACAGACACGUUCUCCCAGCCCUACCUUGUCGUAUUAUUCUUCAGGGCUGCACAACAUUGUCUCUGAGAAUGACCCAACAAGUCCAUCAGAAAGUGCUUCUGUUUCCUGCUAUCCCUGUAACAGGAUGAAGACCGAGUCUUUAGAACUUAACAGAUCUCCCUUCGGAAGCCCUCCUGCUGAACCUCUGUCCUCGAGACUGUCAUGGCCUAGUCAUUUCUUGGGAGCAUCUGAGAGUGAGAACAGGAACGACUUCCUGUUGGAUCCAAGCAGAAGUUAUAGUUACCCCAGGCAGAAGACACCGGGCACCCCAAAAAGGAACUGUCCAGCCCCUUUUGAUUUUGAAGGGGGUGAGCUCUCGGCAGGCUCUACCCAGUCAGGUCCAGCAGAGUUCAGCGGGGGCAUGUCUGGGUGUCCCAAGUCAGCCAGCUACUCCUUAGAGUGCACAGAUGAGAAGACCCUGGCCUCUAGCCCAGCAAAGCAGAGUCACUCAUGCCCAGCCUUGCCCCCGAGGGCACCCAAAUUAACUGAGGAGAAACCAGCCCCAGAAUCCUUUCCUUUGCCUCUGAAAAUUGAUGGUGCUGAGGAAGACCCCAAGCCUGACUCGCCAGACCUCUCGGAGGAUCAGUAUUUUGUGAAAAAAGGCGCACAAGACAUUUUCUCUAUCUCUUACCCUUUUUCCUCACCCCUUCACCUCCAGCUAGCUCCAAGGUCUUGUGGUGAUGGUUCCCCCUGGCAACCACCCACCGACCUGUCGGGACUUUCUAUAGAGGAAGUGUCCAAAUCCCUACGGUUCAUUGGUUUGUCAGAAGACGUCAUCUCGUUCUUUGUUACUGAAAAGAUUGAUGGGAAUUUGCUCGUGCAGCUAACCGAAGAGAUCCUCUCAGAGGACUUCAAGUUGAGCAAACUCCAGGUGAAGAAAAUACUUCAAUUUAUUAAUGGCUGGAGGCCCAAGAUAUAGCCCAGUGACCCAUGUGGCGUGGAAUAAAACUGAUGGAUUGAUGUGCUAGAAGGGAUAGGGCUUGGUACAUAAUUUCAUUAUUAUUAUUAUUGUUAUUAUUAUUAUUAUUAAUUAUUAUUUUGCACUAAAACCCCUCUGUAAAUAGUGGUAGAAACUUUUACUAUGCAGAUUAAGUUUUUGGAUGGUGAACCAGGCUAUUUUGUACGUCAAUAAAAAUGCCGUAGAGAACACUUUAGAGGUGUGCCUUGUACAUCACUCAACACCCAGCAGCUGCUAAAAAAAGAAAAGGGAAGCUAAGAUGUUUGUCCAGAUAGGUUUAUGCUAAGAAGAUGUGAUAUUCAUUAUUGAACAGCCAAAGCUAAAAGAUGUAAAUCCCAAAUACACUUGUGACCAAGAAUCCUUUUCUUUUGGGGGGUUGACUUCAGACGGUUAACUAGAUGCUGUGCUCUGUCUGGUGGCUUGUUUAAUGCUAAUUCUUUUGAUUCUAGUGCCUGAAAAUGUUUUAAGGUGGUUAUGCUAAUCCUCUGAAAAUGAAAAUGUCAUACGGUUAGGGCAGUUCUCUUUACCCAAAGUUGUCAAUGUACUGAAAGUCACAUGUUGAUAGAAUUAAGCUAUGUUACAUGCCCUAAGUAAUAAUAAACAAUGAUAAUAGUCAUUUACCUAUAACUACUGCUGAUUUUGUUGAGCAGAGAAAAAUUGCAAUAUUCAAUGAGUAUGUUUCAAAACGACAUUCUGAGUCAGAUCAUUUAAAUAAUAGUUUAAACUCUCCAUCAAGAUCAGGACUUGGAAAUGUGGCUUAUACGUCAUUUACUUUCACAGAAAUAGCAUGGACAUGGUGAUUGCUAAGAUUUCUUAGAAUCCUGGGACUCAGAUGUGAAUCUUCUCAUACUUCUUAAUAAAGGAAACUGAAGCCAGAAUGUUACAGAAUGACUUUAUCUCUUCCAUUUUGGAGUCAGAGAAUAAACCUUUUGCAUCAGUGCACCAUUAUCCUUGGGAAAUUCUGAGGCUCAACAUACAUCCAACUUAGAUUCAUUCUACCAAUAGGGGCAAACUUGGAAACCAUCCAUCUAAAUAUGUCCGCCAUAUGUUUCAUGCAUUGGCUGAGUCUAGAAAUGAUAUUCUUCAUUUAUUGCAUUAUGUUCUCUGGUCCUUCUACGAAUUAGAAACAUUAAAAAUAAAUACUUGGGGUCCCAAAAAUCUUAGUGGUGUAUUAGGUUAUGACAAUUUAAAGCCAAACUAAAAUUUUUGGGAUGCUUUAAGACAUCUUCAUGAACUCUUCUAUCUGUCCCUCCAACCCCAGCCAAAAUCCAUUUCUGAUUUUCUCUUCUAAAACUAAAGAGUAAUCAUUUGGCCCAGACAGGAUUACAAGUCAAUAGAAACAUUCAAGUUCUUCCUUCAACAUUUAAAGGAACCCCUUCUACUCUUGAGUUUCAAUUUUAUGAGGUAGAUCCUCCCAGCAUCAUGUUUUCCAGACAUUUUGGGGGGUAUGUCUUAGUAGGUCUAUCAUUAAUUGGUGAGAUUUGUUGUUGGACUGGACCAGGCAGAUGCACUCGCCACAUAUCUCAUUCUGUCUUGUCUUCUGUUGUUUUUUUUUUGGGGAGGGGGCAGGAUUUUUCUUGAGUUUGUGUGCCCCAUGUGCCUCCCUGCCUGGCUCAUUCUAACUAACUGAUGUUGUUUUUGUCCUAGAUGAUAAACUCUCAUGCUCAUCCUUCAGGAGUUAGCUUUAAUCCAUGUCAUGACAAGGGAAUUGCAAUAUACUAACAUAAUAAAAAGAAAUAACUUUUGAUUUUUAUCAUCUCAUUUUUUUUUCUUUUCAUAAGCAUCUGUGAUAACAUAAAGGACAAGGAGACUUUUUCCCCUCCUUUCCUUAAAACAGCUGAAAAACCCCUUCCUGAAACUGAAUGUUAGAAGAUAAUUCCAGAGAAUGUACAACCUGGUAGUGUGAUCUUGACCAAGCCACUUAGCCCCCGUUGGGGCUGUAGGCUACUCUUUAAGACCAGAAUUUAGACAGCAGGUAGUGGUCUGCAUUGGGAGAGGGAAUUCCUUAUCUAGAGCUCUCUAAACCAAUGAAAUCAUGGGUCUGGUUUAAAAAAAAAAGUGACUGGCAAAAAGGAAAGAUGUUGCUUUGUAGCCUCCUCUCAUUGUAUGUGAGAAACGUCAUCUUAUUUUCUGGUCAGAGAUCUGCUCGGAAUGGACCUUAAAAGCCAUCUAGGGUAAUCCUCUCGUGUUAUACAUAUUUUUAAAAAGAGACUCCAGGAUGUUAAGUGACUUGCCUACAAGUUACAUGAGUGGUCCAUAAUGUAUGGUGGAUAGAAUGCCACCCUGAGCAUUAAGAAGAUUGGGUUCAAGUCUUGCUUCAGACAUACAUUAGCUUUGUGACCACAGACAAAUCACUCAUCCUCUCGAUGUCACUUUGCCAUUCUAAGACUGAAAGAUUAAAGGGAAAAGAGCCAGUCUAUAUUGGUAAAGGCAGUUUUCACACCAGGAGUUGCCUACAUUGAAAAAAAUAAUAAAGUUACAUUAAAAAAAAAAUCCGAUUUAGAGGAGACCAUGAUCCUCAGUUUAAAACGUUUUAAUCUGUUUCUUUGGAAGAGAAAGAAUAUAUUCUAACCCUGACUUUGGAAAGGUUUCUUCUAGCUCUACCUUGAUGAAUUCAUUUUAGUCUCUUGGUAUUUAGCCGCACAGUUCCUCAGUUUAGGAAGGACAGCAAGGCUGAGUUUUUACAGUCUUCACCCUGACCAAAAAUGGGAAUUCAACCCUUGUUGCUUUGUUUCUGCCUAACUAGAAGUUCCUUAAGAAAAAAUAAUUGAUUGAAAAUGGUCUUCUGUUUGCCACCAAGAAAAUAAUUUGAAAUAUGAAAAUAAUUCUCUUGUUGUUGAAGGCAGGAAAGAUGAUGUCAAGAUUGUUGAUAAUGACUUCCUCUGAAAUUUGCUAAUUUAAUAAAUUGAGUACAUACUUUAAAAAAGCAAAACCCUUACCUUCCAUCUUAGAAAUGAUACUGGGUAUAGGUUCCAAUGCAGGAAAGCAGUAAGAGCUAGGCAAUGGGAGUUAAGUGACUUGUUGUCACAUAACUAGGAAAUAUGUGACAUCAGAUUUGAACCCAGUAACUUGUCUUUGGCCUGGUUCUCCAUCCACUAAGCCACCUUGCUGCCCCCAAGGUACAUGCUUUUUGAAAGAGAUUUCUCUCCCCUGUGCCUUCCUCUCUCCCAGACACCUUGGAAAAAGAGGGAUGAUAAAAACACCAUUUGAUAUUGUCUAAAAUCAUUAAAGCUAGAAAUACUUUUAUUAUAAAAUUCCAUUAUCUUCUGCCAAUAUUUCUCUGACUAUUUCACUUCUGUGUUUCUGUUAUGGAUUGGGGGGUCCCUUUUUUUCAACAAUUAUAAUAAAUAUCUUGUCAUCUCUAAACCAUAAAUAAGCAUAAGCUACAGUAAGCAAAUAUAGAGCUUGGUGGCUGUUGUCAACACUCCUCAGACACCCGGACUAGACAGGGCAUGAAUAGCUCUGUAAGAGAGUCAGAGCUAUAACAAGGAACAGGGUGCAGAAGUGCAGAGGAAAUGUUUUCAUUCUUACCACCGAGGUCUUGCCGCCAGAACUCGAAGUUUACAUAUAGACAGCCCCAGAGGUAAGGCCCAUCAAGGCCAAAAAAAAGUCAGUGAGGCUCCCUCGUGGCCCAGAGGGUUCGGUUAUUUCCUGGGGUCCACAGAGUAGGCAGAGAUCACAUCCAUUUAGUAACCUUUCUGAAGUCAUGGCCCACCCACUAAACUCUAAAAUGGAACUUGUGUUAGGAGAAAUGAUUCUUUUAUCCCAGGAGCUCAUGGGCAGUUAUAGACAAUCCUUACAAAAUAGGGGAAAUUAAAUUCACACCUUUCCAAACCUGUUGAGCUAUGGACUUCUCUUUAACCCAAACUGCCUAACUUUGCAAAUAGAGAAAAUUCCCUGUUUUGCUCUGCAUUAGCUAUUGACUUUGAUAAAGGCCCAGUUAACCACCCAGAGCAAUUAUGUGGAAAGCUUUCCUGUGUGGAAAUAACAAAACAAUCCCCCCCAAAAAUGGAAAAUGUUAUAAGAAGGGUUUGCAUCAGACAAAUAUUCUCCUCUGUAUUAGCUAUGAGCUUUCCCCAAGAAGUGGGCAUAUAAGGAUAAAUCAAUGUUCUUCCUGUCCUUUUGAGCAGCAAGAGACUAUUUCUUUUUAUUUUGAGAUGAUUUUAAUUUUGUUUUGAACGUAUAACACCAAAUAAAAUUGGUAUGUAAAUAUAUACAUAUACAUGUGUAUAUAUAAUACACAGUACAUGUGUGUACAUAUAUACUACAUGUGUGUGAAUAUAUAUUAUAAAUAUAUAUUAAUUUUAAAAAGAAGAUUGUAUAUGAAACCACAGGUCUCUGUCAUUAAUUUUUAAGUUUAUAAUAAAUUUAGCCUUGUAACUGUAGGCUUCUUUCUGACCUUUCUAACAUCUCGGGAAGAUAGUCUUCACGCUCAUGAAGUAGCCUCUCAGUGUUCAGGAUGGCAGACUUCCUGACUAACUGAUGGUCCCAAAGUCAACAAAGACCUGAGGGGUCUGAGUUAGUCACCCAGGUUUUGACUCCCAAGCUCUUCUUCCACAUACAGUAGUAUGCAACCCAAAAAAAAGCAAAGUAGACUAUUGUAUGCAGCUUUAGGGAGAUGUCCUCCAUUAAUUAGCUCACUCAUUAACAAUGACUUCAUCUUAUUAUUAACUAGGCCAAGGUUUCAGCCUGUUGAGGCCAAGUCCAUUAAAAAAAAAAGACAGUGAAAAUGCUGAUAGCUAAGACUUUGCUUUGGGGUUGGGGGGGGGGCAUGAUAUCGCUUAGAAAUUUGAAUGGCAACUUUUGGCUAAAACUUUACAAUAAGACUUCAAAACUUCAUGUUUUGAAAUUCACCUCAUUUUAAGUUUUAAGUCAUAAAGAAAAUAUAAUGCAUAAAAAAUUACUUUCAAGUUUUUUUCUGUUUUUGCUGUUUUAUAUCUGUUUUUUUAUUCUAUAAUCUAUGGAUAUUAGAGCUCCUUCAAUUAAACUGACCUUGUUUCAAUUCUGCAGGUUUUCUUGGCUUCCAAACCCAUAUAGUUUAAUUUCUUAGAUAAAAAUGUGUUUCCCCUUUGCGUGUUAAAUUCUUAUUUGAAACAUUGUAUGAGCUGUCUAAAAUUAGAAAGAACUUAAUUGAUGAUUAGACUUUCUGAAGGUUUGGGGUGACUUGAAUCUAAGAAAUGUAUGGAUUUUUUAAAGUAUUUUGUAACCAUUUUUACUUAAGUUCUUUACUUGGAAAACUUGGAUUGUCAACUACAACUUAACCAAUACAUUCUUUUCCGGAGCAUUACCUAAUGGACCCAUUAUGUACCUCAAGAGCAACAGUAUGUUAAGUUUAAACUCAUUGUUGAAUGAUUGCAAUGAUGUCCAUCAAUAAAAGGAACUUUGUUAAAGUUG